AUGCCCGACACAGAAGUUUUGGAAGCAAGCGGCGUGAGCAUAAAAAUACCUCCGUUUUGGUUUGACAAACCUGAAAUAUGGUUUUACCAAGUCGAAGCUCAGUUCAAGAUUUGCAGGAUUACAUCGGAAGAGACUAUGUUUAGCCAUCUCGUCGCCCAAUUGGAGCCAAAAGUUCUAGAUGAUAUUUGGGACAUUGUGAAAGAUCCUUCCCCGAACAAAUAUACGGCGGCAAAGGAACGGCUAUUACAAAUAUUCGUCGAGAGUGAGAAUAAAAAAAUCAAACGUCUUCUCACAGGACUUGAGUUAGGUGACAUGUUGCCAAGUCAACUUCUUAGAAAAAUGCGUGCUCUUGCUGGUACGGACGUUUCGGAGAAAGCGUUGCGCACCCUGUGGCUGGAUAAGAUGCCCGAUUCAGUCAAGGGUGUUGUCAUCGUCAGUGAAGAGAAGCUCGAUAAAUUAGCUACUAUGGCCGACAAGAUCGUAGAGAUGGCGCCAAGAACAACAGAUGUUGCAGCGGUGCAGAAGGAGUCACCAGGAGUAGACCAACUCCUGGCUAAAAUCGCGGCACUUGAAGGCCAAAUUGCCUCAAUGAGGUUACAGCAAAAGCCCCGGAACCGUAGCCCUCAUCACCAUCAGAGGAGUAGAAGUCGCAGCAAAUCGAGGCGCCGCUACAAUCCACAAGGAAAAUUCUGCUUCUACCAUUUCAAAUUCGGGAAGAAGUGCCUCCCUGGCAAAUGUAUACAGCCGUGCAGUUGGGAUGAGUCGGGAAACCAGUCCCAGCAGUAG